CGAAACGUCAUGGCAGACAUCACCGACAGUAAAAAGGUCAGGAAAAGCAUUUAUUAUUAUGCGUUAUUGUCCAAUUGAUUUUAUUUUUCAUGUUUUUGCAACCCUUUGCGCUUGUAUAAAUAUCCAAUUGGGUAUUGCGCACUUUUCAUUUCCACCUGUCUUGGAAGGCAAAGUACAAGCGCACAAGUUGAAGAACAGGAAAACGAAUAGAUUCAUUUAGAAAUGGCAGCUGAACUUCCAACAAUUCCUCUUCUUACUCCUUACAAAUUGGGGAAGUUCAAUCUAUCCCACAGGGUAGUUUUGGCACCAUUGACCAGACAGAGAUCUUAUGGCAAUGUUCCUCAGCCUCAUGCUAUCUUAUAUUAUUCUCAAAGAACCUCCAAAGGCGGUCUUCUAAUAGCUGAAGCUACUGGAGUUUCUGACACUGCUCAAGGGUAUCCUGAUACACCUGGUAUAUGGACAAAAGAGCAAGUUGAAGCAUGGAAACCCAUCGUUGAUGCUGUUCAUGCCAAAGGUGGAAUCUUCUUUUGUCAGAUUUGGCAUGUGGGGAGGGUUUCAAAUGAAGGUUUUCAGCCAAAUGGGCAAGCUCCAAUUUCUUCUACUGACAAGCCUUUAACCCCUCAAACUCGAGCUAAUGGAAUUGAUGUUGCACAGUUCACUCCCCCAAGGCGGCUAAGGACAGAUGAAAUUCCUCAAAUUGUCAAUGAUUUUAGACUUGCCGCAAGGAAUGCUAUUGAAGCUGGUUUUGAUGGAAUUGAGAUCCAUGGAGCUCAUGGUUACCUAAUUGACCAAUUUAUGAAAGAUGAAGUGAAUGAUCGAACAGACCAAUAUGGUGGAUCUCUUGAAAAUCGUUGUCGAUUUGCUCUAGAAGUUGUUGAAGCUGUUGCAAACGAGAUAGGAGCAGACAAAGUUGGAAUAAGGCUAUCUCCUUUUGCAAAUUAUAUGGAAUCUGGAGACUCUAAUCCAAAAGCAUUGGGCCUUUAUAUGGCAGAGUCCUUAAAUAAAUAUGGGAUUCUCUACUGUCACAUGGUUGAGCCAAGGAUGAAAACCGUAGGAGAAAUUAGUGAAUGCCCACACAAUCUAGUGCCAAUGAGAAAGGCUUUUAAGGGUACUUUUUUGGUUGCUGGGGGUUAUGACAAGGAAGAUGGGAACAAUGCCAUUGCUGAAAACCGUGCCGAUCUUGUUGUUUAUGGUCGUAUAUUUUUAGCCAAUCCAGAUUUGCCUAAAAGAUUUAAGCUCAAUGCUCCUCUCAACAAGUACAAUAGAGAAACAUUCUACAUCUCUGAUCCUGUUAUUGGUUACACCGAUUAUCCUUUUCUUGAAGACACUGCUUAGGUUUGUGAAGGAGCAUUGGGAAAUUUAAAUUGUCCAAAAUUGCCUCUCAUUUAAGUCAAGUUAUUAUAUUGUAAUAUUGUACAAGUGCAAGGACAAUUCUUAAUAAUUCCACAGCGUAAGAAUUGCACAUUUGUUGGUGCUGAUCUACCUGUGUGCCUAAUUACUCAUAAUUUGAAAUGCAUUUGGCUAUUACAAGUAAUGAUUCUUGAGCAUGGGAACACUUUGUUAAAAUUAUUAUAU